ACGGCAUGGUACAUGCUCGUCCUGCAUUUCCUCUGCUGCAUCGCCCUCGUCAUCGCCAUGAUCUAUGGUGUCGAUGGCUACAAAGCCCUAGACGGCACCAAAACCCCACGAUACACAAACGGCAAAUUCACACUGCGGUCCGGCGAUGUCUCGACCUUAAUCUCCGCCGGCACUACUAUCAUCGGCCUUAUCCUCUCCAGUUGGUCCGCGACCGUUACAACGCAAUGCGUGUUCGCCUUGCUCGAGGAUCCAGGCCUUACCAUCUCCAGGUUUACAAGGAUCAUGACAUGGAAAGCCCCCCUGCUCCGACUCAGCGGCUCAAGCGGGAUUGUAUGCUUGAUACUCCUCCUCACCUUCCCGCAGCAGUACAUCGACCCCAUCAUCAACGGCGCCGUGAACUGGGGCUCGGCGUUGGAAGAAGUGGGCACUGUCACGGUAGCGUCAGCGAAUCCGGAGGCAGACUAUACGCUCUGGGGCUGGUACGGAUCAAAGCUCCAAGAUCGCCAGGCGGCGGUUCAGCGAGCGGCGGGAAUGGCGAAUCUGGCUUGGGCAACAGCGACGAAUGGAAGCUCAGGAGCCGUGCAGACUAGUUGCCGGCAUGUUGUUAACGAUGAACAGGUCCCGAUCAUGUCUCAGCUCGACAAUGUAACGAUGCCAUGUAUCGUGGUAAACAGCAUCACUUGGCCUACAGCUCCCGUACCCAGCCUAGUCCAAAAUGUCGCCGACACCUCAGACCAAGUAUCCAUCACUGGCACAACAGCCUUUUCGUUCGUCAAUUACCCCGGGAACGCAGUCAUCUUUGACCAGUCUAACACCACGCUGCAGCUCCCUUACAAUGACAGUCUUUACAACUCCGACUUCAUCGACCUUAGCAAUCCGAUCUACCCCACCGCUUUCCGCUUCUCCGGGGAGAUGACGGCUAUCGUUCUCUUAGGGAAGCACUACGUCGAUGCACCAUUCUUCACAGAUGGCUUCGGUUAUGCCUUACCAGCGAAUAAUUUCUCCACUCUGAGUUCGCUGGAGCAAUUAGAUUUCACCUACCUAACCAUCAAUUUCACCGCCGGCGUCAUUCUCUCUCCAAACAGCACGUACAUCUCCAACUCCGUGGUGGAGAGCAAUCCCUCAAUACAGGACAGGGAUAUCACAGAAGCGCCAUGGGUGCACGAGGCACUCUAUCUGCUCCCCGACGUAAUGAGCAUGGUAGCAGUCAUGAACUCCACCUCACUGUCUACAUGGCUCAACCUUGAAAACUACACCGAGAAUCUCAUCCGAUAUUCUUAUCAAGGAGCGUGGGAUAUGCUGCAGCGGUCUUUCGACGUGAAUAGUAUCUCCCUCGUGGCUCGCAUAGAGGACACCCGCGUCCAAGCUACGGUGACGAAGUGGAGGGUCUACUUGUGGUUGGGGAUUAGUUUGUUGAUGACGGCCAGUGUGGUGCCGUUGGCCGUACUGAUGUCCGAUCGUAAACGAAAUCUGGUAAUGGAUGGAAACUUAGCGCUUUUACUGACAGAUCCGACUGGUGUGUUUAAAGGGGACGAAAGGGGGACGGAGAAGUAUCAUUUAACAAAUAUUAAGAAGGUGGGGAAGGAGGAGAACAUAAUUAGGAUGAAGCUUAAGAAGCACAAA